CAAUAUAGGAAUGAUGAUCUUUUGGGAUUAUUUUAUUCCUUUUCAAUAACUGUUCAUGGACAGUAUAAAUAGAUGCCCGGGGUGGUUAGGUUCCUCAUCAAGGCUAAGCAGUUUAAACUUUAAAAUCCCCCCAAAAAGCUUCAUAGCACUUCCAAGUAUUGAUCUUCUCUGCUGCAUAACAAUGGAAAUGGUUACAAGGAUGGUUGCUAGCAGGCCAGUGGUGAUUUUUAGCAGGAGCACUUGUUGCAUGAGCCAUACCAUCAAGACUCUCAUAACUGGCUUUGGAGCAAAUCCUACAGUUUACGAGCUAGAUGAAAUUCAGAACGGGCAACAAAUUGAAAUGGCGCUGCAGCAGAUGGGGUGCAAGCCCAGUGUACCAGCUGUAUUCAUAGGGGAGCAGCUUAUUGGAGGUCCUAAUCAAGUGAUGAGCCUCCAAGUGAAGAACCAGCUUGUCCCAUUGCUCUUGAGGGCUGGAGCUAUAUGGAUUUGAAACCGGAAGUAACUAAUUUCUGUACUCAAGUUCAAUAUCAUGCUGCUAAACAAACUCAAAUAAGUGAUAUUGCUUGAUCUGUGUUUCCUUAUGGUUUUUGCUAAGCAUCCUAGUAAAUCGUUUUGGGGGCUGGGCAGGGUCAUAGUAUUUCCCUUGUACUAAAUUUGAGAGGAACUUGUAUUUUAACUUGCCGAUGUAAUACCCCUUGUCUAUGCUAAAUAAAGGUAUAUGA